GGAGCCGCCCGCGGGGAGCGGGGAGCGGAGCGGACGGAGCCAAGAUGGCGGCGCCGGGGCUGGGCCGGCCCUGAGGGGCCGCGAGGGGCCCCCGCGCUCGGCGGGCUGCGACGGGCCGCAGGGGGGGCCCCGCCGCCGCCCCCGCCGCCGCAGCCUCCCCGGGACCCGAGCGGAGCCUCCCCGGGGGACAAGCGGGGCCUGCUCGGGGCUUUUCGCGGCCUUACCGGGGCCUCCCCGCGGCCUUACCGGCGCCGAACCGGCGCCUUUCGGGCUCCAACCGGCGCUGACCCGGUUCUUCUUUAACGGGAGCAGCCCCGCGGUGCCCCCGCUUUUGGUUCUUUAUCGGCGGAAUUUGGGGCCGAUUUCAGCCCAAAUCGCAGCUUUUUUUUUGUCUUGUGUUUUUCUUAUUUCACAGCAGCGCUUUUCCCGUUUUGUUGGUUUUUUUCGUUGUUUUUUUUUUUUUUUUUUCCCGGGAUUUCGGCUCCUCCUGAGGGUCAGAAAAUCCCGGGAUUUGAGGCGCAAGAGGAGCGGGAUGAAAUCCCAAGGAUUUCUUCACUCGAGCGAGGUUUUUUUGGCUUUUUUCUUGCGGUUUUUGCUUUGAGCGAAGCCAAAAUCCGCGAGAAAUCCGGGAUCCAGGGAAUUCCUCCCUCGGGAAUGGUGUCCCUGGAACUGGGAAUGACUUAAGGGCAACGCCGCGCUUGGCUUUUCUUCGGUAAAUUAUUCAUUAGGAAGUUAAAAAAAAAAAAAAAAAAAGUUAUUUUUCGGGAAAAAUCCGGUGUUUUUUCCGACAAGGACUGACAGCGAUCCCGGCCUCUGGAAUUGCGGCCGCCGCUGGAACUUUGGGAGCCUCCGAGGGGUAUUUUUGGGGAGUGUAUUUAAAAAAAAAAAAAAUCCAGAAAAAGGAAAAAAAGGGGAUCGAAGAUUGCUGAGAAACGCUCGGGAUCCAGGCACGGCUGGGAUCGCUCCUGGCUGAGGCGCCCAUGGCGGGCCGGAAGCGCGGUGCCGGCGGUGCCAGCAGCGGUGCCGGCGGUGCGGCGGUGCCGUGGCCGGAGGAGCCGGGCGAGCGCGAGCAGGGCCUGUACUCGCUGCACCGCAUGUUCGACAUCGUGGGCGCGCAGCUGACGCACCGCGACGUGCGCGUGCUCUCCUUCCUGUUCGUGGACGUGCUGGACGAGGCCGAGCGCGGCCGCAUCCGCUCCGGCCGCGACUUCCUGCUGGCGCUGGAGCGCCAGGGCCGCUGCGAUGAGAGCAACCUGCGGCAGCUGCUGCAGCUGCUGCGCAUCAUCACCCGCCACGACCUGCUGCCCUACGUCAGCCUCAAGAGGCGGCGCCCCGUGUGCCCGGACCUGGUGGACAAGUACCUGGAGGAGACGUCCAUCCGCUACGUCACCCCCCGCGCGCCCGGGGGCGCCCCGCCCGGCCUGGGCCACCCCCACAAAUCAGUGCCUGCCCCCCACCCGUCGCUGUGCUGCCCCCCGGGGGGGCCCCAGCUGGGCCCCAAGCGCCCGGGCCGCGCCCGGAGCCUCCUGGGGAACCAACGGAAACGCAGGAAGUCAGCGACCCCCGACCCCAAGGAGAAACAGACCUGCGACAUCCGCCUGCGCGUGCGCGCCGAGUACUGCCAGCACGACUCCGCCCUGCACGGCAACGUCUUCUCCAACAAGCAGGACCCUCUGGAGCGCCAGUUCGAGCGCUUCAACCAGGCCAACACCAUCCUGAAAUCCCGGGAUUUGGGCUCCAUCAUCUGCGACAUCAAAUUCUCGGAGCUCACCUACCUCGACGCCUUCUGGCGGGAUUACAUCAACGGCUCGCUGCUGGAGGCGCUCAAGGGCGUCUUCAUCACGGACUCGCUCAAACAGGCCGUGGGCCACGAGGCCAUCAAGCUGCUGGUCAACGUGGACGAGGAGGAUUACGAGCUGGGCCGCCAGAAACUCCUCAGGAACUUGAUGCUCCACACGGCUCCCUGAGGGAUUUUUUUUUUUUUUCCCCCGUUGUUUUGAGGUUUUUUUUUUCCCCUCUUCCCCCGUUCUUCCGUGCGGAGCUCCCCCCUGCUCAUGGAUUUGGGGAGGGUUGGAGGUGUGGGGUGUUGUGGGAUUUUUGGCGCUUUUUGGGGUUCCUGAUGGGUUCUCCUUGUGUUUUCCUGCCCGUUUUUUUUUCUUUUGUACCCAUUAAAAACGGCGAUGAAAAGGUGAAAAUCCCAUUGGUGCGACACGCUGGGAUUUGGGGAUGUGGAAUAUUCCAGAAUUCCUUCCCUGUCAAUUCCUCCUUCUCCUCUUUGUGUUUUCCAUGUUUUCUCCCUGUUUUCUUUUCUUUUAUAUCCAUUAAAAACGGCGAUAGAAGGGCAAAAUUCCCAUUGGCGCAACGUGCUGAGAUUUGGGGAUUUGAGGAGUGAGAAACCCUGGAAUUAGGGAAUAUUCUGGGUUGCAGAUGUGGGAUAUUCCAGGAUUCAGUGUUUUUUGGGGUUCCUGAUGGGUUCUCCUUGUGUUUUCCUGCCCGUUUUUUUUCUUUUGUACCCAUUAAAAACGGCGAUGAAAAGGUGAAAAUCCCAUUGGUGCGACGCGCUGGGAUUUGGGGAUGUGGAAUAUUCCAGAAUUCCUCACUUUUCCCUGUCACUUCCUCCUUCUCCUCUUUGUGUUUUCCAAGUUUUCUCCCCAUUUUCUUUUCUUUUGUACCCAUUAAAAACGGUGAUGAAAAGGUGAAAA